UGCCCGCAGGUCGCGGCCGGCUGAGGCGGGGCGCGGCCGCGGCGCCCGCCUGAAGCUCGGCGGAGGAGGCGCGGCGCUCCCCCGUUCCCGCCGCCGCCCGGCAUGGAGGCGGCCGGCCUGGAGUGGCUGCUGGGCCCGAUGCGGCAGCUGGCGUCGUGGGGCGCGGCGGCGGCCAUGGUGUUCGGCGGCGUGGUGCCCUACGUGCCCCAGUACCGCGACAUCAGGCGGACGCAGAACGCCGAGGGCUUCUCCACCUACGUGUGCUUAGUGCUGCUGGUCGCCAACAUCCUGCGGAUACUGUUCUGGUUUGGAAGGCGUUUUGAAUCCCCUCUUUUGUGGCAAAGCAUUAUCAUGAUCAUUACUAUGUUACUGAUGCUGAAACUGUGCACUGAAGUACGUGUGUCCAACGACCUGAACAUAAAGCGCCGCUCUUUUUCAGCUGCAGAUAGUAAGGAUGAAGAAAUUAAAGCACCUCCCAAGAGAUCUUACCUGGAUUUUGACUUGAACUAUUUUUGGCAUUGGAGCAAGUUUACAGACUACGUGCAGUGUGUCCUGACCUUCACUGGUGUCACCGGUUACAUCACUUACCUCUGGCUUGAUUCAUCUCUUUUUGUGGAAACCCUGGGCUUCCUUGCAGUUUUCACAGAGGCUAUGUUAGGCGUUCCUCAGCUCUACCGUAACUACCAGAAUAGGUCCACAGAAGGAAUGAGUGUCAAGAUGGUGCUGAUGUGGACCAGUGGGGACACUUUCAAGACUGUUUACUUCAUCUUGAAUCAGGCCCCGUUACAGUUCUCCAUCUGUGGACUCCUGCAGGUUUUUGUGGACAUGGCCAUCCUGCUGCAGGUUUACCUGUACAGCUCCUACCCUCAGAAGCCCACAUCCCACACCACACACCCUGCCAGCACCAAGGCUCUGUGAGACGUGCAGCAGGGUGGGCUGCAGGCCCAUGGAUGGCAUUUGAGAGUCAGCCACGUACCUUCUUUUCCACUUCUAAGUACUUCUGCAUUGCUGAGUUGAAGCAGAAAUGAGAAGAGAAUUGAAAAUCUGGCUGCGCUUCCAGCUCUGGAGGUUUUAUUUGAAAUAUCUUGCUCUCUGUUCUCAGACUUUGCUGUACAGAACUGUUUCCUGGUGGGAGGGGGGCACUAUUUUUGCAUAUGUACCUAUGAGCCUUAUCAGUUCACAUAUGUUUGUAUAUUAAUCACAAGGGCUAGGUGUUUUGUUUAUAAUGCUAUUUAAAAAAUGUUACCCCACAGAAGUUACAGGAUAUUUUGCCUGAAUCCAUCACCUAUUUAUAUAGUAUAAAGUCUGUAUACUGGUAGGAAGGUUGUGGCAUAUAUUAGCAUUCAUUAUCUCCACGAUGUAGGAAGAAGUGUUGAAGAGCAAAUGCAGCAGCUUUCUGUUUUUUUUUUCUUGAAGAAGGGUGUCGAGUAAGCAGAGAGGGGUAGGGAGAGAGGCACUGCAGAGAGGUGAGCAGCUGAGAACAAAGCUGUCGCAUGGAGAUCAGCAUGCGUUAAAGUGAGUGGUAGACACUGAUGCCUGCUCAGUGUGGCAGACAGAUACAUGGGGGUGAGGAAUGGGGUCUGCAUGUGGAUGAUGCUGCACCACACGUAAAGCAGGCACGGCCAGUUGAGUGGUGAGCCAUCAGGAGAUGCGAACAGGAGAUUGCAGGAGGGGCUGUAACUCAGUUCUGCGUUGAUGCAGCAAGAUUUGCAGACAGGCCAUGCCGUGCUCACGGUGCAGCACUGUCACAAACCCAGAGGCCAGUAGCCGUGCAUUGCCAGUAUUGCUAGGAGGUAGCUCUAGUUGGCAAAUGGGAGCCACUGAGUGUCUCUGCUUUCAUUGCCUCAGGGCAGGCAGUGACAAAGUCUGAAAGAGUCCUAUUCCUAUGAUCUCUAGUGGAACAGGACUAGCAUCUGACCACUUGAUUUGUGGAGGCUGGAAUUCACAUUUGUGCUGCUUAGCACCAGUUUGUACGUUCGGUGUUCCUGGCAUUGACCCAUGGAAGGGGUCCACAUUUUCAUUUUUCUGUUCUUAAGAUCUUCCAAUCUCUUAGCUUGGAAAACCCACAGUUAGAAAGAGGGACCGGGGCAGAGAGUUCAUUUAUAGUUCUUGUCUAUGCUGGCUGUUUGCCAGCGUAGGUCACCAUGCCCUUUCUGAGCACUGCACGUGUCUGGAAGCUGUGGGUGGUGUGUGACCUGCAGGGAACUGUGGCCAAGCCCCUAUGCUUCUGCCUAUUGCUGUAAGGAAACUGCAGUCAUUGGUGUGAGGCAGCUGCAGUGAGACCCCAGCCCAGCUGAGGUUUGCCUUCCUCCCAGCAAGACCCCCUCCCUGCUGCUGGCAAGCCCUGGGUGAGUGCAGGCACAGCAAGAGGGAUGGGGCAGGUUCUUGACAAUAGGUUUGUUUUUUUCUCUCCAAGAUUAGUGUAAGAGCUUAUGUUUUUUUUAUUGAUGGCACCAAGUCUGAGAUUUAAUACCUUCAGUGUAUAAAUUAGGUAUUUUCCCUACACUAUUUUAUUUGGGACUCAUGACCUGAGUCUGGACUGUCUUCAGGAGUGGCAAGCCAUCCUCUGGGGCAGCAGUUUGACACUGGGUUGGAAAUGCCCGUCGCAAGGCAGGGAGCAGUAGGCAGCCCUGCAGGCAGUGCCUCCUGGCAGAGCUGAGCCCAUCGCUCCCAGCUGCCCAGGCUGCCGUCAGGGCUCCUGAUGCAUGUGCCAUCUUGGCAUGGGCGCGCUGCUGGCUGAGAGCAGAGGUCGUGCUUGGAGGCUGAGCCACCCUUCCUUCAGUGGGGCGCUGUGGAUGGGGGAGGAAAGGGGUCCCUCAGGAACCUGCUGUCCAACAGAAGUGGCUGAGCAGAGCUGUUCUGAGGGCUGGCCCAGCUGCUUUGCCUGGCUGCUGCCUCCACGCUCCCUGUUUGACACCCUACUCUUCUAGGCCUGAAGUGACCUUACAGUGACAAUGUACCCUGGCAUGGUAGACUAUGAAUGUUUUGUUUCCCCUUGCCCUCCAAUGUUCUGAUUGCAUUUAAAGAACAGCUUGGCUUUUCUCUUUUUUAAUCAAAAACAUAAUUAACAACUGGCGUCUCCGAUAUGCUGCUUUAAUGACGAUUGUAUUUCUACUGUAUGCAAACGAACACUUUCCUGUGUGUUUUAAUGGUCUGGGUUUUGGUUGUUGGUUUUUUUUUUUAUUAAAUGAUUAGAAUUUUUGUAUAUCCUAGUCUUUUUCUAAUCUAUGAAAUGGGGAUAUCAGAAAUACAUUGGUAUUAAGAAAAAUGGUUCUGUAUGUGAUAGCUUCACUUGGGAAUGCAUACUUUUGGCCACCUCUUUGAAUUUGAACUGUAGGUAUUACUGAUAAAAGAACUUGUUCUUUUCUUAUGGGACUCCUCCCUGGGCAGAGUCCUGAGUCUGUCGUCAGUACCCAGACCGGUCUCAUUCACAGCAGAGCUGCAAAUACUGGAAGAGAAGCCAGUGAAAACACAUCUAUCUUCUGUGUAUGGCAUUGAAUAAGGUAGGACUCUUGGCCAGGAACUCCUGAAUAUCACUUUGCAAGAUACAUUACAGACAGAAUGUUACAGAAC